GCUGGAGAUGUUCGUUAACGGCGAAGCGCUUUCUUAAGUCGGAGUCGCUCGUCGCGGUCACGCUUUCACUCAGAGGCGCCGUAAACGGGACUUGGUGAUCAUGUGGACCUCAGCAGCUUUCGCUCGGAGUUAACGCUCACAUAUCUGCGAAGAUGUGGUUAGCCAACUUCAAAAAUCAGCCGAUAAAUUACGACAGAGAAAACAAACCAAGGGACGAAUACCAGAAUACGUGACAGGGUAUUGUUUGAGGAUGGAAAGGAGCGCGUCGGAGCGGACCGCGCUGCGGCGGUUCGGGGACAGCGGCAUGAUGCUCCUACCCUGGACCAAACAGAUCCUGACCGUGCUGUGGGAGCACCUGCGCCUGCUGGUCCAGGUCAUCUGCUGCACCUUGAUUUCGGUUUUCCAGAUGUUCAGGUUUGAAGUCCACCUGAGAAUUACAGACGAGACAGGGCAACACAUUCAGCACAUGACAAGUGGUUCGGGAGACCCUUCUGACAGUUUCCUGCUCUCCUCCUUGUUUGAAAACAACAAAACCAUGGUGGUGGGGGGUUCCAAUCCGCUUUCGAAAUUUGGCAGGGACCCCUUUGACGUGAGCUCCCACUCCAGAGCUGUCCUGUCCAGUCUGGUCAGCGACGAACUCUGUUGCUCCUUGGUGGACGACCUCGUGUCCCACGCAACAGAGUGCCUCAAUGACACCGAAGAUCUCUACAUUGGAGAUCACUCCGUGUGGAAACACGGAUACGACUGGACCAUAUUAGGCGGAUCAGAGAGGAAAUGCAGAGAGAACACCUGCACGUUUACCGCACAUGUGUCUGGGUUUUCUGCAAAGCAGUUUGUAAAGCAUCAGAAGCCCGUCUGUGAUCCUGAUGCAUGCGGUUCAUCUACUGAGGAUGUUCAAGCUCCGUGUCAAGUGCAGUCAGUCGGGCAAUUCUCAGACAGCGAGUUCAGCUGGGGAAGCACGGACAGCUCAUGUUUUGAAGGAGAACGUGAAGAGAACGACAAACUCUGGGACCUUCUGACCAGCUCGACGGAUCCAUAUCACCCUCUGCACUUCAAGGCAUGUUUGUCCAGUGCGGUUCCUGAAAAAAGCAAAGCGCAGGUGGUUUUGAAGGCUGAAAGUCCCACUGUAUCACGAUCCACUGCAUCUACAGGCUCCGAUUCCUCCAAACCAGGUUCUGAAGAUGAAGAAGAGGAGGCCUUAUGGAGAUCUCUCUCUCAGAAUGAUGACCCAUAUCACCCGUUGAAUUUCAGAGCCCCUCUUCAAAGCUCACCAGCUACAUCAGUACCUUCAAAACGUGAUUUGUCCAGUGAUAACACACAAAAUAAAACCAAUAGACUCUUAAAAUCUUCGAGAAGCUCAAAGCCGUCGUUACCGUCAAGUAAAGUUGCUCGCCAUUGCUGCCACAAAUUACCAGUUGAGACAUUAUCAGUGGUGCCAUGGAGAAGACAUGCUGGACUGACUGCUCUUCAGGGCGACCGAAGGAAACGUCCCAAUUUUAAGAAGGUGAAGUUUUCUCCUAUCCUGCAAGUCCACAAGAUGCAAGCUUGGUCCUUUGCUUUUCAAGCAUCUCGUAAGGGACCGUGGGAGGAGUUUGCGCGGGACAGAGACCGUUUCCGAAAGAGGAUCAGUGAAACUGAGAAGGCCAUUGGCUACUGUUUCAGUUUGUCACACAGGGAAAAGCUGUGGGCUAAUAAGGACAGAGUACAGAAGUAACCGGCCCUAGAUCUGCAAAAAUUGUUUUCUGAUUGUAAUUAUUGAUCUUAUAGCUCACAGGCCAGCCUCUAGACUUGAUUUUAUUGAUUUAAAUUGACAUUUAUACCUCACUGCUGUGUCCCAACACACACUGACUGCUACAGAAUGCGGUUGCUAAUUUUUUAUUAUUUUUUGUUACGUCUUACAAUCUUCUCAGUGUGACUGAUCACACACAUUUAUUUUAUUUACUCAAAUUAUGUUGGAGUUCUGGACUAGUGUUAUUUAAUUUAAAGUUAUAGUUCACCUAAAUUCUACCAACGUUUCCCCUUAUGCUAUUGCAAGUUCCAAAACUUUAUUUUUUUUUUCAUGUGAAAAUACAAAAGAAGACUUAUUGAAAAAUGGCAAUGUAAAUACUAUGAAAGUCAGAGGGUCAGCGUUGUUUUGAACUCACUGGCUUUCAAUGUAUGGACAAAAUAGUUAGGUAAAAAUAGUUUUUAAAAGUUCAUUUUAAACAUUUGUCAUUUUAAAACAGUUUAGUAAUAAUUCUAACAUUUCUCCUCUUGAAUUUACAAAAGGGAAAAAAAACGUCACUCAGUUUUGGAAAAAAAAAAGAUGAAAUGUUUAUUUUUGGGUAAAUUGUACCUUGUUUAUUCCAAUGGCUUUAAAUGGUGUGAAAAUAGGCUGCUUUUGUAUUAUUCAUAAUGUUGACGAAAUUGCAAAAAAAAAAAAAGUUACAGUGGACCUCAAUGUUUACAUUUUUCUAUAUAUAGAUAUAUAUUUGUUCAAAUACUCUGUUAAAAUGUUUGCGAUCAGUAAGAUUUUUCAUACUAUUAUGAUUUUGAAUCAUUUUUUCAGCAAGGACACAUUCAAAUGCAUCAGUUUAUUCAAAGUUUUUAACAAGCCCAACAAUUUUCAAGGUAAUAUUAAGAAAUGUUUGAGUAUAUAAUGUUUCACAUUAUUACUGUUUAACUGAAUUUAGACCAAAUAAAUGCAGCCUUAUCGAGCCUAAAAUCUUCUUUUAAAAGAUCUUACAGACCCCAAACUUUUAAACAGUAGUGAAUAUGUUGGAAACGACGUCCUGCAAUCUACAAUCCUACAAAAACAGAUGCUGUUAUAAAAUGUUUGGUACAUUUUACUUCACUGAUCAAUUGUGGUUUGUACUUGAGAAUAAAUUAAAUGACAGGGUU